GUGCAGCGGAAGCUGUUGGACAUUCUGUUUCCGUUGUAGAGGUCUUAGACAACAUGGCGAAGAUCGCUAAAACACACGAAGACAUUGAAGCACAGAUACGUGAAAUUCAAGGAAAGAAAGCCACUCUAGAUGAAACGCAAGGAGUCGGGCUUGAUUCAACUGGUUAUUUCGAUCAAGAAAUUUAUGGUGGAAGUGACAGCAGAUUUACUGGUUAUGUUACAUCUAUAGCAGCAAAUGAGCAAGAAGAUGAUGAUGAUGAUACUACAGCUUCAUUUGGGCAGAAGAAACCAGGCUAUCAUGCUCCCGUUGCUUUAUUGAAUGACAUUCCUCAGUCAGCUGAACAGUAUGAUCCAUUUGCUGAACACAGGCCACAGAAGAUUGCAGACCGAGAAGAUGAAUAUAAAAAGUACAGAAGAACAAUGAUUAUAUCUCCAGAGCGGCUUGACCCUUUUGCAGAUGGUGGCAAGACUCCUGAUCCAAAAACAAAUGCUCGGACGUACACUGAUGUUAUGCGAGAAAAGCAACUGAUUAAGGAGCAUCGUGAAAUCCAUCAACAGCUUGCAGAAAAGGCUAAAUCUGGUGAUUUAAAAGUGGUCAAUGGAUCUUCUGCAGCGGCAUCUCAACCACCUUCAAAACGCAAGCGACGAUGGGAUCAGACAGACCAAACCCCAGGGUCAACUCCAAAGAAGAUUUCCAGCUGGGACCAAGCCGAGGUCACUCCUGGGCACACUCCGUCACUACGAUGGGAUGAGACUCCAGGCCGUACUAAAGGAAGUGAUACUCCUGGAGCUACACCUGGAUCGAAAAUUUGGGAUCCUACUCCAAGUCAUACUCCUGCUGGAGCUGCAACCCCUGGUCGUGGAGAUACUCCAGGGCAUGCAACACCUGGCCAUGGAGGAGCAGCAUCCAGUGCACGUAAAAAUAGAUGGGAUGAAACUCCUAAAACAGAACGUGAUACCCCUGGACAUGGCAGUGGUUGGGCUGAGACUCCGCGUACAGAUCGUGGUGGUGAAUCUGUUGGUGAAACCCCUACACCUGGAGCAAGUAAAAGAAAGUCUCGUUGGGAUGAAACACCAGCUAGUCAGAUGGGAGGUAGCACUCCUGUCUUGACUCCAGGGAAAACACCAAUUGGCACACCUGCAAUGAAUAUGGCAACUCCAACUCCAGGACAUAUCAUGAGCAUGACUCCUGAACAACUUCAGGCAUGGCGGUGGGAACGUGAAAUUGAUGAAAGAAACCGACCACUCUCCGAUGAAGAGCUGGAUGCUAUGUUUCCAGAGGGUUAUAAGGUUCUUCCUCCACCUGCUGGUUAUGUUCCCAUACGCACACCAGCCAGGAAAUUGACUGCGACACCCACUCCUUUAGGUGGAUUGACUGGAUUUCAUAUGCCUAUUGAAGACAGAACCAUGAAAAGCGUCAGUGAUCAGCCUUCUGGCAACCUUCCAUUCUUAAAACCUGAUGAUAUUCAGUACUUUGAUAAACUUCUGGUUGAUGUAGAUGAAUCUACACUUAGUCCUGAAGAGCAGAAAGAGAGAAAAAUUAUGAAGUUGCUGCUGAAAAUAAAGAAUGGGACACCUCCAAUGAGGAAAGCAGCCUUACGACAAAUUACAGACAAAGCCCGUGAAUUUGGAGCUGGGCCACUCUUUAAUCAAAUUCUUCCUCUGCUGAUGUCGCCAACUCUUGAAGACCAAGAACGACAUUUGUUAGUCAAAGUUAUUGACAGAAUUUUGUACAAGCUGGAUGACUUGGUUAGACCAUAUGUGCAUAAGAUACUUGUCGUUAUUGAACCAUUGCUCAUUGAUGAAGACUAUUAUGCUAGAGUAGAAGGGAGAGAAAUUAUAUCUAACUUGGCUAAGGCUGCUGGCUUGGCCACAAUGAUUUCCACAAUGAGACCAGAUAUAGACAAUAUGGAUGAAUAUGUCCGUAAUACAACUGCCAGAGCUUUUGCAGUUGUUGCCUCUGCUCUUGGCAUUCCUUCAUUGCUUCCUUUCUUGAAAGCUGUCUGUAAAAGUAAGAAGUCAUGGCAAGCACGACAUACUGGGAUUAAAAUUGUGCAACAAAUUGCAAUUCUGAUGGGAUGUGCCAUUUUGCCACACCUAAGAAGUUUGGUGGAGAUUAUUGAGCAUGGAUUGGUGGAUGAGCAACAAAAAGUUCGUACAAUUAGUGCUUUGGCUAUUGCAGCUUUAGCGGAAGCAGCCACUCCCUAUGGGAUUGAGUCCUUUGAUUCCGUGCUGAAGCCUCUGUGGAAAGGUAUUCGACAGCACAGAGGAAAGGGUCUUGCUGCAUUCUUAAAGGCGAUUGGAUAUCUUAUUCCUCUCAUGGAUGCGGAGUAUGCAAACUACUAUACCAGAGAAGUGAUGUUGAUUUUAAUCAGAGAAUUCCAAUCCCCUGAUGAAGAGAUGAAGAAAAUAGUUCUUAAGGUUGUUAAGCAGUGCUGUGGUACUGAUGGUGUUGAAGCAAAUUACAUAAAGACAGAAAUUCUUCCUCCGUUUUUCAAGCACUUCUGGCAGCAUAGAAUGGCUCUGGACAGAAGAAACUACAGACAGUUAGUGGACACAACGGUUGAACUUGCAAAUAAAGUGGGUGCUGCAGAAAUAAUUUCUAGAAUUGUUGAUGACUUAAAAGAUGAAGCAGAACAAUACAGAAAAAUGGUCAUGGAAACUAUUGAGAAAAUUAUGGGAAAUCUUGGAGCUGCAGAUAUUGACCAUAAGUUAGAAGAGCAGUUGAUUGAUGGAAUUCUUUAUGCAUUCCAGGAGCAGACUACAGAAGACUCUGUGAUGUUGAAUGGUUUUGGCACAGUUGUCAAUGCUCUUGGCAAAAGAGUAAAACCAUAUCUGCCCCAGAUAUGUGGUACAGUCUUGUGGCGCUUGAACAACAAGUCUGCAAAAGUGAGGCAACAGGCCGCAGAUUUAAUCUCUCGUACUGCAGUUGUCAUGAAAACUUGUCAAGAGGAAAAAUUAAUGGGUCAUUUAGGUGUGGUUUUGUAUGAAUAUCUUGGAGAGGAAUAUCCUGAAGUACUUGGCAGCAUUUUAGGAGCCCUGAAAGCAAUUGUUAAUGUUAUAGGUAUGCACAAAAUGACUCCUCCGAUAAAAGAUUUACUGCCGAGACUUACACCCAUUUUGAAAAACAGGCAUGAAAAAGUGCAGGAGAAUUGCAUUGAUUUGGUUGGUCGCAUUGCUGAUCGGGGAGCAGAAUAUGUAUCUGCAAGAGAAUGGAUGAGGAUUUGUUUUGAAUUGUUGGAGUUGCUGAAGGCUCAUAAGAAAGCGAUCAGAAGAGCCACUGUUAACACUUUCGGCUACAUUGCUAAAGCUAUUGGGCCACAUGAUGUUCUUGCAACACUUUUAAAUAACUUAAAAGUACAAGAAAGACAAAACAGAGUAUGUACCACAGUGGCUAUUGCUAUUGUGGCUGAAACAUGCUCACCUUUUACUGUGCUUCCUGCACUGAUGAAUGAAUACAGAGUGCCAGAAUUGAAUGUCCAAAAUGGUGUGUUAAAGUCUCUCUCCUUCCUUUUUGAGUAUAUUGGAGAAAUGGGAAAGGAUUAUAUCUAUGCUGUAACACCCUUACUUGAAGAUGCCUUGAUGGACAGAGAUCUUGUGCAUAGGCAAACAGCAAGUGCAGUUGUUCAGCACAUGUCACUAGGUGUAUAUGGAUUUGGAUGUGAAGAUUCUUUGAACCAUUUGUUAAAUUAUGUAUGGCCUAAUGUAUUUGAAACCUCUCCUCAUGUAAUCCAAGCUGUCAUGGGAGCACUUGAAGGUCUUAGAGUUGCUAUUGGACCAUGCAGGAUGCUGCAGUAUUGCUUACAGGGUCUUUUCCAUCCUGCCAGAAAAGUUAGAGAUGUUUAUUGGAAAAUAUACAAUUCAAUAUAUAUUGGAUCACAAGAUGCUCUCAUUGCUCAUUAUCCUCGUAUCUACAAUGAUGAAAAGAACACUUACAUUCGUUAUGAGCUUGAUUAUAUCUUAUAAAACUUGUCUAAUUUGUUUCCUUUGUUUUGUUUUUAAGAUUAUUGCUUAGUAGUACUAAAGGUCAUCUACAAAAACUUUAUAGCAUGCAUUUUAGUCAAGUCUCUUUUCAUGCAAAAAUAGAUGUUGCCAAGAAAGCUGUGAUAUCAUUAAAUAUUGGACUGCAUUUUAUUUUAUUUUUUAUUUUUAUUUUUUGUGGUUCAGACAUUCCUAGUGCUUAAAAGGGAUGUGUACUUAAUAAACAUUUUGUGUAAAGUA